UUAUUGGCUUUCCUUACUUGUCAACUUGACAUCGGCGGUUUUCAUUCACCAGUGAGAUUAUCACCAGCUCAUCAGCUGAUACAGUCUCAUAUUUGUAUUAAGACUUGUUCGGCUCGUGGUGUUUGCACAUUUUUCAAGCUCGAGUUUGGAUUAAAGGACACUGCUCAGAGGAUGGCCACUCGCAUUCGACCAAGCAGCAAAAGAUGUGCUGUCAUUGGCGGGUCAGGGUUCCUUGGGAGACACCUGGUGGAGAAGUUGCUGGAGAAAGGGUACACAGUUACAGUGUUCGACAUUCGGCAGAGUUAUGAACUCCCUGGAGUGGCGUUUCAUGUGGGGGACCUUUGCGACAAACAGGCUUUACUUACAGCUUUGCAGGAUGUUUCCCUGGUGUUUCACUGUGCAUCUCCAGCUCCUGCCAGUGAUGACCGUGCAUUAUUUCAGAAAGUCAAUGUUGAUGGCACCCGCAUUGUCAUACAAGCUUGUCAAGAGAGGGGAGUGCAGAAACUGGUUUUGACUAGUAGUGCCAGUGUGGUGUUUGAGGGCACUGACAUAAAAGAUGGGAAGGAGGAACUUCCAUAUGCGAAAAAACCCAUUGACUACUACACUGAGACCAAGAUUCAACAGGAAAAGCUGGUCCUUGAGGCUUGUGAUAAGGAUAAAGGCUUCCUCACUGUCGCCAUUCGGCCCCAUGGCAUCUUUGGCCCUCAAGACCCCCAACUCGUGCCCAUCUUGGUGGACACAGCUCGCCGCGGAAAGAUGAAGUUUAUCAUUGGUGAUGGCUCUAACCUGGUGGACUUCACCUUUGUGGAGAAUGUUGUUCAUGGGCACAUUCUGGCAGCGGAGCACCUGAAACCAGAUUCACCACUUUGUGGCAAGGCCUACCACAUCACUAAUGAUGAGCCUGUGCGCUUCUGGGACUUCAUGUCCCAGGUGCUAGUAGGGCUGGGUUAUGAUGCGCCGCGCUACCACCUACCCUACCAGCUGGUGUACGGCAUCGCCCUGCUGCUCUGGCUGGUGGCCCUGCUGCUGCGGCCCCUGGUCCGCAUCAAGCCCACCUUCACCCCCAUGCGCGUGGCACUGGCUGGCACCCACCACUACUACAGCUGCGCCCGAGCAAAGGAGGACAUGGGCUACCGGCCGCCAGUCAGCUUGAAAGAGGGCAUCACCCGAACAGUGGAGAGCUACCCACACCUGCGGAAGGGAGUCUAGCCCAUGCCGACUGCUUGCGUGUUCAGUUCAUUACUCACACGAGUGCCUGGUUGGGUGUCGGUUUAACACAAAAGACUGGUCCAGUUGGCCUAAAUGUGUCUACACAGCUGCUAUUGUGAGCCACUGUAUGUGUUGAGAGUGUUGGAUUGGAAAUGUAUAUGUUCUGUUCUGUAUGCACUGUAUGUGUGAUUUAGUGCAUUUCAACUGCCACCUAACCUUGUAUGAUACCUCAUCCUCGGGCAUGUUGUCAUGGGGACCCUGCUAUGUGAGUUUUUGGUGCUGUCAACUCUUUCACCUGAGUUGGGUGUGUGCCACUCAUAGAUGGGCUGACUGCUGUUCAGGAAUUCACUUGUUUGUCAAAUUGCUGGGACCAACAUUCCUUAUAACUGAAGAGUAGUGUUGUUGAAAUUAAUAUUUGAUCAACAGUUUAAUAAAUAAUUGAAACAGUUCAAAA